AGUAGAUUUUAAUGUAGCCAGCUAUUUACUACAAACACGUUUCGCGAGUAGCGGCAGUGAUAUUUUCUGAUUUCCGUACACAGCUUCGUCUCUGACAAGUAAUAAACUGACUAUGCGUCCUUUAACAGAAGAUGAGACAAAAACGUUGUUCGAAAAACUUGCAAAAUAUAUUGGGGAGAACAUCAAAUUAUUGAUUGAUCGUCCAGAUGGAGUAUACUGCUUCAGACUACACAGAGAUCGAGUAUAUUAUGUUUCUGAAGAAAUUAUGAAAAGAGCGACCAACGUUUGCAGAGAAAAUUUAAUCAGCUUUGGCGUGUGCUUUGGAAAAUUUACAAAAACAAAGAAAUUUAGGCUCCAUGUCACUGCACUUGAUUAUUUAGCACCUUAUGCAAAGUUCAAAGUUUGGGUGAAACCAGGUGCAGAACAAUCAUUUUUAUAUGGAAAUCACAUAUUAAAAUCAGGAUUAGGAAGAAUUACUGAAGGAACUCCUAAAUAUCAAGGCAUAGUGUUAUAUUCAAUGAAUGAUAUACCUUUGGUAAGUAGUAAAGGUAUAUCGUGUAAUAAAAAAAGACUUGUCUCUUGCUUUCCUGAAUUUGUAUCCAUUUUGUAUUUUUUAUUGCAGGCUAUUCAAAAAACAUCUAAAUUGACAAUUUUUGUUGGGAUAUCACAUGAACUAAUUGUUUAAAGAUUUUUCACAUAAUCGCCUUUCUUUUAUA